GAUUACUCAAAAAUCUCAAGUGUCACUGAAAGUUUUUCAGUUGUUUUCCGGAGAGAGUCUCCUUUUGAUCUUAUAUUACUCUAUCAAUUCGAUCCUCUUUGAAAUCCUCACAUGAUAUAUGGCUGCUCCUCCUGCUGAAGAGAACAUCGACCAGACAGAGUUUGAUGAAGAUGAAUUCUUGGGUGAAGUACCUCCAGAAACUGCCCAGUCCGGACGUAAGAGACUCUUCAGUAAGGAGCUGAGGUGUAUGAUGUACGGUUUUGGGGAUGAUCAGAAUCCCUAUACCGAGAGUGUCGAUAUGCUGGAGGACCUUGUGAUAGAAUUCAUCACAGAGACAACGCACAGAGCUAUGGAAAUCGGACGAACAGGUCGUGUCCAGGUUGAGGAUAUUGUCUUCCUUGUGCGCAAAGACCCACGGAAAUAUGCUCGAGUGAAAGACCUCCUGACCAUGAACGAAGAACUCAAGAGAGCCCGGAAAGCCUUCGAUGAGAUCAAAUAUGUAGGGACGGAAGGCAAACCCAAGUAGCCAAUAAAUUUUAUUCUAUUUUUAAA